CUUCAUCAAUAAUGAUGGCCAGGUCAUGUUUGAGAUACUCGUACUCGGGCCUCAUAAGUCAACCGGGGCCACCGACUACUCUUCUAGGAGGCUCUCCGUUGCAUCCGUUUGAUGUCCUUUUGUGUCCUUGCCUCGAAGUUUCACCAAUCAUUGUUACAAUUGCGCUUUUCCCCGAUAGCACAAACCCCUUAUCAUCUCUCUUCCUCCACUUUCGAUAAGGCUUCACGUCUGGACUACGGAGCGUCGCGACUUCUUCAAACCUUACAAGUCAAGAGAGGUUGCAAUGUCCGCCACUUUUGCCGCGAAGUCGUAAGCAGGCCAAGUCGUACAUUGGUACGAGCGAACCUUGUUGCAGCUAGUCAUAUACAGAUGGUAAGGGAUCUGGAAUCGCAAAAGGACGACUUCUGUGCUUUCCUUACAGGUAAACCAUUUCCUUUGUUGCUUGUUUCGAUCAUCGGAGUCCAAGAUGGAAUUGUCGAUAUCUCUCCUACUCUUAGGCGCCUUCCUGCCCGUCUGGGCUGCUUUGUACUGGGUUCUUCCGUACUUGACAACAUACAGACACCUGAAGAACAUCCCGGGUCCUUUUGUCGCGAAGUUCAGCAACAUCUGGCUUGCGCUUGGUGCUCGUCAAGGGCAGAAGUUUGCCUGGGUCGACUAUGCACACCGAAAGUACGGCAAAGUAGUGCGGGUAGGGUAUAAUCAUGUAUCGAUUGCGACACCCGAAGGCCUGGCGACGGUCUACGCCCACGGCAACGGAUUCUUGAAAGACCACUUCUACACGGCUUUCGUUUCAGGCGUCCCCGGUGUUUUCAACGUGCGGGAUCGCAGAGAACACACCAGAAAGCGGAAGAUUAUCGCUCAUGCUUUCUCUCCCGCCGCUGUCCAAGAUUUUGAGCCGCAUAUGGCCGCCAAUCUCAGACGAUGGGUUGGUCAGCUUGACAAGAUUGCUUCUCAUCCAGCCGAGUCAGGUUACGCCAAGAUGAACAUGAUGCCUUGGUGUACCUUUUUGGCUUUCGACAUUAUCGGUGACCUGGCAUUCGGAGCUCCAUUUGGAAUGGUAGAGCGAGGUCGUGAUGAAUGUCCAGCAGAGGUUGCUGGUAAAGGCAUCACAUACGUCUCCGGAGCGGAAACGCUCAACCGGAGAGGUGAAGUCAGCUCGACCCUCGGCCUCUUGCUGCCUAUCAGACCCUACGCCAAGCUCUUGCCAGAUCCAUUCUUCCAUAAGGGCCUACGAUCCGUGAAGAACCUUCAUGGAAUUGCAGUCGUAGCCGUCGAAAAGCGUCUGGAUGCCACCGAAAAGGGAGAUCUGGCUGCGAAACAGCGUCACGAUAUCUUGGAGAUGCUGUGCCGAGCCAAGGAUUGGAACGGAAACCCGAUGCCACGAGAUGAGCUCAUCUCCGAGGCUUUGACACAGUUGAUUGCAGGAAGUGAUACUGUCUCCAAUACCGCCUGUGCCGUCAUCUACUGGAUUCUCGACGGCGAGCGCAAAAACCCUGGAAAAAUCAUCUCACGCCUCCAAGCUGAGCUCGACGAUGCCAUUCCUGCGACCGCUGAGAUUGCCGAGCACUCGCAAGUCAAGAACCUACGCUUCCUCAGACAGUGCAUCGACGAGGGUAUGCGGUUACACUCGACCUCGGCCAUUGGGCUCCCGCGUAUCGUGACAGACAAGCACGGAGUUGCUUAUCAAGACCAAGUCUUUCCGCAAGGCACGGUAUUGUCUGUCCCGAGUUUCACGAUCCAUCAUGACGCAGAGGUAUGGGGUGAUGAUGUUGAUGAGUUCAACCCGGACCGUUGGUUGGACCUCACUCCACGACAGAAGAUCGGCUUCAACCCCUUCUCCUAUGGACCUCGAGCCUGCGUCGGUCAAAAUGUUGCGCAUAUGGAACUUGCGCUGAUUAUAGGCACCGCCUUCCACCGCUACGAUUUUACACCGUACCAGACCAAGCUCAUGUCUUCUGAAGGCUUUUCCAAAAAGCCCAAUGAAUGCUGGGUUGGGAUCAAACGAAGAAAGCAAUCUGAAUAGACGACAUACUUGGUGUUUUUAUGAUAGACAGCAACAUCAAAAAGCUAAAUCCC